AUGUUUGACCGAGACAUUCUAAAAGACAUUGACUUCAGUAAAGGAGAAUGUAGACUACAUAAACGUGGUUUGUCUAUCAAUAAUCCUGGUGACAAUUUGUUGUUAAGACCACUAUGCAGUGAUGAUUAUGAAAAAGGUAAAGGUUGUUUUUGUCAUGACUCUAAGGUCCUGUUCACACAAUGCAAAAUUUGGUUUGUUUUGCAAAAAAAUCUGUCAACAGGAAGCCAUUUCUAGUACGAAUGAUUUUUCCAACUACCAAAAUUUUCUUGACUGCCACCAAACUUCAAAGAUGCCAUUUUUAACAUUUGGAGGCGUACAAUUUUUUGCCAGGCAACAAAAUCCUUUGAUUCUUGACAGCUAUCCUUCGUCGGGUCAUCUUAUUUCGCGAACAUGACCAGAGGGGGAAAAGUUGCAAAAACAAAAAAAUGGUGAUAACAAAAUUUCCAAAUUUUUUGCAAGCAUGAGUGUGAACAGGGCCUAAAUCAGAAUUUACUCACUUAUCAAUGUUAUGCCCUUUGCCCUAUUAUACCUCACCUGCACCCCUAUGGCGUGGUGCAUUAGUAUUGUAGAAAUUUCUCUAUCCCUUCAGAUGUAUAUCGAUUGAAAGGCAAUGACUUUAUGUCACACAACGGCGAUGAUUAUAUUGUCUAUGUUGUUUGUCAUUUAGAAAGCCAAUUUUAAGUUCAUUUUUUUUAUUGAUAUUUUGAUUAAGUGCAUCUGAACAAUCAAUGAAGGAACGCUACCGGCUGAUUGGAAACAUGCUAUCAUCACACCAGUUCACAAAGCUUGUUUGAAAUCGGAUCCAUCGAACCUCCGGCCGAUCUCAGUACUUACAGUUUUCUCCAAAAUACUUGAACGGGCUGUCCACUUUAUGGUCUACAGCUAUUUACAGGAACGCAGGCUUCUUUCUCCUCUCCAAUCCAGCUUUCACCACUUCCCUCUACAUGCACAUGCAUCACACACCUGACAAAAACUAUGCUGGAAAACAUUGACAAAGGACUAAUAACUGGCCUUAUAUUUUUAGACCUAAGAAAGGCCUUUGACACCUUAGAUCAUAGUAUCAUGUUAGAUAAGUUAAGUUCACUAGGAAUGAAUCGCUCUACUGUCCAAUGGUUUAGGUCCUAUUUAACCAUGCUCACCCAAAGUGUUUGCACUAAUGGGGUCUUGUCUGAGCCUCAGCCUAUAUCUUUCAGGGUCCCCCAGGGUAGCAUACGUGACCCUUUAUUAUUUAUCAUCUACAUAAAUGACUUACCUGUGGCAGUUCAAGGAUGUAGCGUCUAGCUUUAUGCUCAUCUAUUUUGCAAGCAAGUCAGUCAGUGAAAUUCAAGCUCAGUUAACUAGUGGCCUAACUAAUAUCCUAAGCUGGCUUCACACUAAUUUUCUAAUACUUAAUCUUGAAAAAAUGAAGAUUAUGUUUGUUGGUACCUAUCAGAGGACCAAUUUUCAAGAGAGACCACAGUCUGAACUUGGCACAUGGAAUCUCAAGCUUUGCCUCGGGAUAUUAUUCUUGUAGUGCUAAUUUAUCUGAGAUCAUAUGACAAAAUUGAUUCCUUGUCGUUGAGAAAAGUGCUGUAUUUGUUCCAAAAGGUUGUACACAACGUUGAGCGUUUUUUUGGACAUAGUGGAAAUUUGGUGUGAAUGACUCAUGUUUUAAUUUUCUCCCCAGGUUUUCCAGCAAUUCAAAAUAACCUCACUAAAGUUGGAGAUGUUACAAAGGAACUCUUUCUGAGUAAGAAAUAAACUUCUUAGAUGGACCCUUUUACUACUGCUCAUUUUUUGUCCUCAGGAAAGUUAAUUUUUAAAAGUUUUGUUAGUUAGGUAAAUACUUUGUUUAGCUUUUAGUGUCAACCAAUUACAGUCAUUACUAGUAUCUGCAGUGGAUAACUGUCAUCUUAACUGUUAAAAACCCAAAGUUUUGCCUUUUCUUAAGAGCGCUGAGGAGAAACCCUUUGAAUAUUAGGAGUAUCACUCUUAUGUUUAGUUUAAUAAAUGAAAGGAAUAAUCUAAGGUGGCUAGCAUAAUUAAAUCAAGGUUUUCAGUACCUUAGGUUACACACAAAACUUGACAUACAGCAAAUACAGGUGCUGUAUUCAGUUUUUUACUGCAGAGGUCUUAUAUAAAUUAUUUCCCCAUUGGAUUUCUUUAGAGCGUUUCCAUGCUAUGAAGUCUUGUCCUGGUACGUAUUAUAUCAUUGUAGUGGAGGAUACAGAGCUGGCAAAAAUUGUGGCGUGUGGAACACUUUUCAUAGAGCAGAAGUUCAUUCAUGAAAUUGCUAUAGUAUGUAUCUUUAUACUUAGGUGAAGUCAAUACUAUUGUUGUGGUACUCUACAGUUGAACUUCCAUUUAAGCAGCCACCCUCUGGGUGCUGGUAGGUAGGCAGUCAACUUAGAGAUCAGUCAGAAAUUAGCAUAAUCAUUAGCAGAAGCAAAGAAAAUGUGCGUUAUCAUUCAAUAACUAUUAUAGAGACAGUGAAGGUGGCAGUCUGGCCAAGUUGUUAAAGUGUAGUGGACUGGAAUUUCAGUUCAAAUCCUGCUCUCACUCCAUGCUGGAUUUUUUCUUGGAUGUCCCAAGUUCAGUUAUUCUGCGACACACUUGCCAAUAGCUACCAUGUAUAAAAAUUCUUUUUUUUUUGUAUGCAGAAAUGGCUGUCUAUAAAUGCUCAACAAUAUCUUCAAGUUUUAUAGUAUGCAUUAAGAGUAUUUCAAGUACAGGAAGCAAUUUAUAUGAUAGCCCACAGUCCAUCCCUGAAUAGUGGGAAUACAACAACAAUUUCCAGCAAGCUGGGCCAGGCUGAUCAAGUCACAUAACAUUUCAUUCCACUGUGAACAAGGCUUUAGAAGAGCCAAUAGCUCACACAUUUUAAUGUUCUCUCUGCCACUGUAGAGAAGAAUAAUUAUUAAUGCAAUCUUUGAAGUUUAGGUGUUUUUUUGUUGUUGUUGUUGUUGUGCUUUGUUUUGAUUAUCAUUAUUUAGAAAGCAUGGUAUGCUGAGGCCUUUACUGUGUUUUGUUCUCAAAAUAUCUAAAUUGUUAUUAUUAACAGCGAGGGAGAGUUGAAGACAUUGUCGUUGAUGACAGCUGUAGAGGGAGAGGACUUGGAAAACUGUAAGUACAGUCAAACCUCUGCUUAUAGACACUUUCCAUGAGUAGUCAUUUCUAACCUUGAAAAGCUGCUGCCAAUGUUUUCUAUGAUUCCAAGGGUGUCUGUUUUCAAGAGGUUCUUUUUGUUAUACUACUAACCGCCACCUGGUUAGCUCAAUUUGUUAAGCACUGGUCUGUUUAGGAGUAGCCUGUUCCAGGCUCUGAGGUAGUUGAGUCUGCGGGUCGAGAAAACGCAAACGUGAAAAUAAAAUGGGAGGAAGCUGGGCAGAGGAAGGGCGGCACAGCCUGUAAUCAUUUCUUUAAACGGCUUGUUCCGGUAUACCAGCUGCUGGUAUACCCUCUGAUUGGUCAGAUUUGACUGGUUAUAUUAACACUUCUCAAUGCAGAUCGUUUCUGUCACUCAGAAAGAUGGCAUGUGGCAUGCACACACGUUAUAUAGAGGAAUCCACAAUAACUUCUAUGUUCACACAUAGGAGCGUUGAGGAAGGAACAGAAGACCUGCCUUGUGAACUUGGCAUGUAGAAAAGAUGUUUUUGCAAUCCUGCUGACUGGCUCCAUCAAAAGCUUGAUAUUUCAGCUGUAUCCAUGUUUGGAAAGACUCACAUUAUCUUUAGAAAGACAAGCUGUAGUUUAAAAACCAUUGCAUAAAAUAAUAAUAAUAUUAUUAUUAAUAAUAAAGUCUUUAUUCAUCAAAAGAUAAAAAUAUAUAUCUUUUGUUACAAGUAAGUGUAAGAAAUUUCAAAAAGGUAAAAAGUAAUAAAUAAGAAAAAAAUAGUAUAUUACAUGGCUAAUUCAUAAUUAAAGAGCAAUCAUGACUAAGUCACAAUGCAAUUCUCCAUUAGUUUCUUCAGUUUCCAAUCCGGAAUUUAAACUCGGUAAAUUACUAUCUGUAAGAAUUUUAAAACAUCCUGUAAAAAAUACUAAUGGGCUGUGUCCAGCAUGACAAAACAUUGCAGGAUACCAUCACAUUCACGGACAAAAGAAAAUUAGUUAUUUAGAACCAGGAGGCACUUUGGAGAAAAUUAAACAACCGAAAACCCUUAUUUGGCGGCAUUGAAGAACUUAAUGUUUCAAAAGAGGCCAAAGAAAAUGCUCUUGCAUCAUGCAGAGGGCAAAUCAUGUCAACCAGAAACAAUAACUACAAAAAAAAACAUUAUGUGUGUCACGACCUCUCAGCAUGAAACAAGCAGCAGAAAUUACAUUUGUUCAGUUAAAACAUAGAACCCUCCAGACCAUAAUCUACCCACCAGAAAAAAAUUUAUUGGAACAAGAAGCAUUUGGUACUCAUGAGGUAUUAGUCGUGUGUUGCCUACCGACCCCCUUUAUAGCCAGGGUUGUCAGAAAGUUUUCAAGUAGACGACUGAGUUGUCAAAGUAAGCAUCCAGUCCAGGGAUAUUUUAUUUAAAAAUUGCCAUCAAAAUAAAUGCCAAGCAGAGUAGCGGGCUGAUACUAACCAAGUAGGUGGCGAUUUUCGCCGGCAGCCGUCUACUUUUGACAACCCUGAAUUAGCCGUGCACAAAAUACUCACGUGAGAAAUUUGAGAAAGAAUCCAACUCAUUGACAUUUCAAAUGUUUGACAGCUGAAAUCUAAUUAUCUCAAACAUGCCAAAAGUGAACAAAAGAGGGUCAUGAAAGAAAUGAUUACAGGCUCUAUUUCCCUUCCUUUUUCCCGCCCUGGCCCCCUUUUCACGUACCUUUCACUGGUUGGACCAACAUUCAUGAUGUUGUUGAUGAUGAUGAUGAUGAUGAUGAUGAUGAAGGUGAUGAUAAUGGUGAUGAUGAUGAUGAUGUGGAUUCCGAAGUAAAUGCAUCCACAUCAUAAAGUACAUUCUCUAAUUUAACGAAAGAUACCAACACAAAAUUCUCUAUGUUGUCUUCCAGGGUUGUUGAGACCUUGCUGUUACUCAGUGAGAAGUUAGGAUGUUACAAGACCAGUCUUGAGUGUAAAGAUCCUCUGCUUCCUUUUUACAGUCAGUUUGGAUUCAAAAAGGAGGAUCAGCAAAACUAUCUUUGUAAACGGUUUUUUCAUUGA